AGUUUUUUGGAUACGACUUUGUUAAAGAAAGUAGUUUAGUUUACGUUUUAAGAAAGUAUCUAUAUAAUGAAAAAGCGAAGCGAAAAACAACACACUGGAUGGGCGAAACCUACGGAGUUUAUUCUGAGUCUGCUCGGCUACGUCAUAGGCGCUGGUAACUUAUGGAGGUUUUCGUAUCUUUGUUUCAAGAACGGAGGCGGAGCAUUUUUGAUACCGUACGUGAUAUCCGCAUGCUUCAUUACUUUACCAUUGUACAUGUUUGAGGUUGGACUUGGUCAACUUACCCAGUAUGGUAGGGUGGCUGCGUGGGAUAGACUGCCAAUCAUGAAGGGAAUCGGUUACGGCGCUUUGUUCAUCACCGUAUUUUGUAUGAUACCUUUCAUGUGGGCAAUUGGGUGGGGGGUUCUAUAUCUUGCGCUGUCGUUCACAACUGGCCCACUUCCAUGGACAACAGGCGAUAACGAAUGGAACACCGAGUCGUGCUCAGCACUGGGUGUAAAUAUCACAAACGAGAUCGUGUUUCUACAAGAUUCGUUGCCACAAGUACAGUUCUGGAGGAAUUACGUCUUGAGACUUCCCAACGGCAACCCGUACAACAAAAAUUUCAAUUGGCAAAUGCUCUUGGCGUCUUUGGCAGCAUUUGUUACUAUUUUUGCUGUAACUGUAAGAGGAGUCAAGUCGAGUGGAAAGGUAUUGUCAAGCGAAAUUGCGUAGGCUUGAUGUCGAAAA